AAAGGUUUCUCUAUAAAAAGUAAUUUAAAAGUUCAUGUGAAAAUUCACACUGGUGAGAAGCCUUUCUCUUGUGGGACUUGUGGAAAGAGUUUCACCCAUAAGGGCAGUUUAGAUGUUCACAUGAGAAUUCACAGAGGUGAGAAGCCUUUCUCCUGUGGGUCCUGUGGAAAGCGUUACAGUGAAAGAGGGAAGUUAGCUCAGCACAUGAGAAUUCACACAGGUGAGAAGCCUUUCUCCUGUGGAACCUGUGGAAAAGGUUUCUCUAUAAAAAGUAAUUUAAAAGUUCAUGUGAAAAUUCACACUGGUGAGAAGCCUUUCUCAUGUGGGAGCUGUGGAAAAUGUUUUACCCAUAAAUACACUUUGAAUGUUCAUAUGAGAAUUCACACAGGUGAGAAGCCUUUCUGCUGUGGGACUUGUGGAAAGAGUUUCACCCAAAAGGGCAGUUUAGAUGUUCACAUGAGAAUUCACAGAGGUGAGAAGCCUUUCUCCUGUGGGUCCUGUGGAAAGCGUUACAGUGAAAGAGGGACGUUAACUCAGCACAUGAGAAUUCACACAGGUGAGAAGCCUUUCUCCUGUGGAACCUGUGGAAAAGGUUUCUCUAUAAAAAGUAAUUUAAAAGUUCAUGUGAAAAUUCACACUGGUGAGAAGCCUUUCUCUUGUGGGACUUGUGGAAAGAGUUUCACCCAUAAGGGCAGUUUAGAUGUUCACAUGAGAAUUCACAGAGGUGAGAAGCCUUUCUCCUGUGGGUCCUGUGGAAAGCGUUACAGUGAAAGAGGGAAGUUAACUCAGCACAUGAGAAUUCACACAGGUGAGAAGCCUUUCUCCUGUGGAACCUGUGGAAAAGGUUUCUCUAUAAAAAGUAAUUUAAAAGUUCAUGUGAAAAUUCACACUGGUGAGAAGCCUUUCUCAUGUGGGAGCUGUGGAAAAUGUUUUACCCAUAAAUACACUUUGAAUGUUCAUAUGAGAAUUCACACAGGUGAGAAGCCUUUCUGCUGUGGGACUUGUGGAAAGAGUUUCACCCAAAAGGGCAGUUUAGAUGUUCACAUGAGAAUUCACAGAGGUGAGAAGCCUUUCUCCUGUGGGUCCUGUGGAAAGCGUUACAGUGAAAGAGGGACGUUAACUCAGCACAUGAGAAUUCACACAGGUGAGAAGCCUUUCUCCUGUGGAACCUGUGGAAAAGGUUUCUCUAUAAAAAGUAAUUUAAAAGUUCAUGUGAAAAUUCACACUGGUGAGAAGCCUUUCUGUUGUGGGACUUGUGGAAAGAGUUUCACCCAUAAGGGCAGUUUAGAUGUUCACAUGAGAAUUCACAGAGGUGAGAAGCCUUUCUCCUGUGGGACUUGUGGAAAGCGUUACAGUGAAAGAGGGAAGUUAACUCAGCACAUGAGAAUUCACACAGGUGAGAAGCCUUUCUCCUGUGGAACCUGUGGAAAAGGUUUCUCUAUAAAAAGUAAUUUAAAAGUUCAUGUGAAAAUUCACACUGGUGAGAAGCCUUUCUCAUGUGGGAGCUGUGGAAAAUGUUUUACCCAUAAAUACACUUUGAAUGUUCAUAUGAGAAUUCACACAGGUGAGAAG